AGUGCCAAGUCAGGUUCUUAAUGAGUGGAUUGCCUUCCUCUGGGGGAGUGGUGAGAGCUCUGAGCACAAGACUUUGCUCCCUGCAUCCCCCCCCUCCUUCACAAAGCCCAGCUUGAGGAGCAGCAGAGCGCUGUGUAAGUGACACCCGUCUAAUUAAUUAAUGACUCCUCGGCGUCAGCUCUGUGGCUGCUGGGUUCGAAAGGAAGGCAAUAAAGAAUGGCCAGGACAGCACGCGACCGCUUCUGGUAAAUGCUGAAUGCUGCUGAGAGCCGGCUGUGUUAUUCAUAACCUCCCCUGCUUUGGGCUACAGCACAGAAGUCAGAGAUAUACUGGGAAGAGAAGAUGGCGUGGGAUCCACCCUUGCAGCAUCCUUUCUUCUGGUUGAGGUGUUCCUCCCUCUUCUUGUCCUGCUCAAGAGCUGCCACGGCACAGCUAAUUGAGGCCACCACUGAACCCCCAAAAAAGAAACCGGACCCUGUCACUUCGGAGACGGUGGUGAUCUGGGGGCUGCGGCUCUGGCAGGUGAUUGGUAUCUUUGCCAUCUUUGUCCUGGCAGUCAUUAUCACGCUGUGCUGUAUCUUCAAGUGCCGGAUUCCCCGGACAAGGAAAGAAAUUGAGGCACGAUACGCUCAACGGCAAGCAGCCAAGACAUAUGCUGACAAACUGGACACUGUGCCACCACUCAAUGAGCUGACAGAGAUCCCUGGAGCUCAGGUUGCAGAAGAAAAAAAAGAAGAAGUUCCCACUGUAUCUGGAAAAGUGGACAAAGCUCAGGGUAAAAAAGAUGGAUCCAAAGGCUCCAAGAAGAAAGAUGGUGAAAAGGACCAGAAAGAAGGAUCCAAGAAAGAAGGAAAGGAUGGAGCCAAAAAGAAAGAAGGAGAAAAGGGAGAAAAGGGAGAAAAGGGAGAAAAGGACACCACUGACAAGAAACAAGGUGGUGGGAAGAAAGGUGAAAAAGGUGAAGCAGUAAAAUCAGGAGGAGACACCAAAACUAAUGGCAAGGGCGGUGGGAAUGCUAAAGCCCCAGCAAAGAAGAAGUGACCCUGAUAAAAGGCAGUGCUGGUAGUCUUUCAGGGAGGGCACUGUCAAAUUGCUGUGGGUAGGGCACUGGAAGCA